AUGAAGAAAGCUUUGCUUAACAACAUGUUCCGCACGGCAAGAACCGUUUGUAGUGGACCUGAGGAGAGAAAGGAAUCAUUAACUUUGGCUCACGAAAUUGCUGUUUCGAAUGGCUAUGAAGUCCGAACGUCUGAAACGAGACGAUACCGAAGUGAACGAGCACGGCAAGUGGAAAACCCCACCACAGAUAAGAUACCUCUCUGCUUUCCUUACAUCUCCGAUGAAGUGAGCGCUGCCAUUAGGCGGUGUCUGAGGAGAGCAGACUUGGAUAGCUCCGUUUCGGUCGUUGAAAUACCACCGAACAAUUUGAAACGUCAAUUAGUUCGGAAUCGUUUAUACGAUACCAUCUGUACAACACCGAACUGUAUUAUUUGUCCCACAGUUAGAUCAGGAGACUGCUUGAGAUCCGGGGUAAUCUACCUGAUUUCUUGCACGAACUGUGGCGACGAGUAUAUCGGUGAAACGGCACGACUGCUAUAUGUCCGCAUCAAAGAGCACGUGAACGGCAGGAAUAUGUUACGAGGAUGGACACCUUUAGGUGCCCAUAGAACACAAAGACACGACGGAGCCGAUUUUGAAAAUAGGGUCCAAUUUUUAGCUCACGAAUCAAAAACGUUGGCUCGAAAAUCGCUGGAAGCAUUUUGGAUCCAAUCCAAAAAUGAACCGCAAAGGCGAAUGUCUGUCGAUAAUGCGGGAACUCGCGCCAUAUCUCGAAUGGUUCUUCCUAUUCAAAUGUAA